AUGACAGGGAUGGAGGAGCCUCAAGAGAAGAAGAGUCUCCUCUUUGUUAAUGCCAAUCAAACAACCUUUCCUUCAAGUCGAAAUAAGCAUAAGUCAAUUGAUUCCGAGGUCCGUCGCCAUGUUAUGCUUGAUAUUGGCCGGGCCCGACGAAAGCCAUCAAAGGAUCGCCAGUUCACUACCUUAACAUGGCAGACAGAAAAGCACACUUGCAAACAAGAAGGUCCAAAGGACAGGCAAUUUGGUCACUCAAAGACACUUGACGAGAGCCAAGUCACAAUAAGCACACCAAGCUUGUAUGCAUUGGCUGUCUUCGAGCAGGAAUGGGGAGAAGAUUCGUUCUCGGCAUACGGGUUUACUCUCAUCAUGACCACGGGGAAGAAUGCGAUGAGCGGCACGAAUUUGGCAAAUGCGUUUUGGUCCCCUUUCGCCUUCAGAAAGUCUGCCUUCCUGAAGCACUACCAGAAAAUCUUUAGUUCACCAGAUGCUCUUAUCCCAUUAUACCACCAAUCAUCCCUAGAGCUCAAGUCCAUAGCUCUAGAGCGCUCGCUUAUGACAAUUCGGUGUAUCGAGUCCAGACUUACAAGCUCUGAUACGAGUUGGGCAACAUCAGACAGCGUUAUUAGCGCUGUUCUAGCCCUCAUCUGCUACAAUUUUUCCAACCUAGAUUUUGACCAAGCGAUGGUUCAUAUCAGGGGUAUCUGGAUGGUCAUUGAGGCCAGGGGCGGCAUUUCUACUAUAGAGAAUAACCAGGACCUAUUCCCCAUGAUAUCAUGGGUCGAUAUCACAGCAGCACUUCUGUAUGACACGAAACCCUCAUUUCCACUACCCACGAACAUGGGCGCAUUCGUUCGCCCGGGCCUGAAAGCCCUCCCAGAUCCUCUUUCCGGCCUCCUGAACAGCGUUAUAUUGUAUGAUGAGCGCUCUCUGGUGGUUCUUUCAUGUAUGGGGGACUUGACUGCACUUGCGACAUUCCUCCAGACCGAGCAGGUGACCAAGGGCGACGCGAUCUGGAGCGACGAAGAGCAAAUGGCUCUCCUUUUGAACCCAAUCGCGCAUGAUCUAUUGAAUCAACAAUAUUUAGAAUCUACACAAUCUGGGACACCUUUCGAAAUAAUCUUGGAGUCAAUUCGGCUUGGGGCUAUCAUCUGGAUCAUACAGGUGAAGCGAAGGUGUCGCUCUUAUCCCGGGACUGCUCAAACACAUAUCACAACACUCCUCGGAAUAAUGUCAAACGACGCGGAAGCCUAUACUACAGGGAAACGCAGUGCAGACCUGCAGAUUGUUCAUCUCUGGCUCCUGGUUCUCUGCAGUGUCAGCGAACCUAGUGGCCAGGACUAUUCGACCCUGAUGCGAUUAAUGGCUUCCAAGAUGAAAGAAUUGAACCUGCUCACUUGGAGUCAGCUUGCUUCUUUCAUACAGAGAAUGCCUUGGAUCUACUUGAGUAAAGUGCCGGACUUGAACACCUUGUGA